AUGCCGGCGAAGAUUCCGAAAUUAUGCGAAAUAAAGACAAAUAUUGAACAAUCUGCUGCCGUUCUGCGGGAAUUAGAGAUUGGUAGUAAUGCCCCACCAAGUGAAGUUGAGGUGGGGCAGGCUAAAGCGCACCAAGAGACCACAACAAAACAGCUAGACGAAAUCGACUCCAAAACGGCUGCAAAGAUUGCCGGCAUCCGACGACGCAGAAAACGCCGGCGUUGGAAAUUCAUACAAAGGAACAAGGAACAACAAGCAGCCGAAAGCGUUGUCAAAGAGGAACCCGUACCGAAGCCCCCUGACGAACCCCGUCCUGCUCCAAGGGAAAAGCAAACGGAGAACAUCACCUUGAAAAAGCGGUAUGAUGCGGCCAGUAUUUUGGAGAGGCUAGACCUUCUAGUGAAGCUAUGCGAGGCCCGAGGCGGAGACAAGGCCAGCCUAACCGAGAAGCUGGCCUCCAUGCGCACGGUGUGGAGCCGGGUGCAGCAGGAGAGUUCAGCAACUGGCAGAAUCACCGAGUCCAAGUCGCCAUCGAUAGAAACCCAAUGGGACGUUGUGUUCUUUGGCCAAGCCUCCUCUAGUCAGAAGCAACGGCGAGGAGAAAAACCUGAGUUUCUUAAGAGGCGUUCCAUAUGGGAUUCUUAUAUAACUCAAGGAAAGCGAGGCUCCUGCAUACCCCGCGGAUGGGUGCUACCAAUGGAAGAGGCGACCAGCGAAUGGUUGGAGUAUAGAACUGAAUAAAAUAGAAUACUUUUAUAAGAA